CUGGCCAGUCGGUGGUUGAAAGUAGUCAAGUGCAGCAGCGGGCGACGGUUUUUUGCAACCGCUGCGUAAACAAAAUCUGUUGAUAAGAAUUCCCCUCCAGCAAACAAUUAACAAUUAAAAAUACGUCGUGCGUGUGUGCUACACCUCUGUUGUUUUUUAUCCACAAGAAACGAGAGCGAAUUAAAAAAUAGAAAGAUUCAUCCAGCUUACGAAGCUGUGUUUGUUGUGUGCGUGUGUGUGUGUGUGCCAGUGUUUUUGUGUGUGCGUGCGUGCGUGCGCUUGUGUUUGUGCGUCUCGGGCAGCCUAAAAGCGAAGUCGAAGAUAGCCCGAAAACAGAAAACAGAAGUUAUACAUAUAUCUGUCUGUCAACAUAUUUCGCAAGGCCAAAGUCAGCAUAAAACAGUGGCAAAGGGCGCAGCAGGUGAACAAUUCUCCAAAAAUAAUAAAACGUACAACAGUUAAGCGAAGAGGAAGCAGCGUACCAGCUUCAAGCAGAGCCCAAACGCAAAAUCUGUCGCAGGUCAAAAGUGACGCAUAGGACGACGCAGCCCUAAAGCCAAACAAAAUAGAAACAGUGUUGAGCUCGUUUUGUGAGAUUCAUGAUGAUGGAGCUGGAGCCGCGCGUGGCCAUAUUGCAGGAUCUGCGCCUACAGACCUUCGACUCGAUACGCUUUGCCUCGUAUCGGACCGCCUCGAAGUUGCGCUACAUACAAAAGUCGACCAAUUUGCAUCUGGUGGACAUUUGGAAUGUGAUCGAGGCGUUCCGCGAGAAUGGCCUAAACACAUUGGAGCCGCAGAGCGAUGUGAGCGUGGCGCGUCUGGAGACGCUCGUCUCCUCGCUCUAUCACAAUCUGAACAAGCGUUUGCCCACCGCACAGCAGGUGCCCGUGGACUCGAAGGCGGGUCUCUUGCUCAACUGGCUGCUGGCUGCGUACACCAGCGACAACUCGGGCAAAAUACGCGUGUUUUCCAUUAAGGUGGCGCUGGCCACCAUGUGCUCCGGCAAGCUGGUGGACAAGCUCAGAUAUAUCUUUUCACAGAUUUCGGAUGGCGCUGGACAGCUGGUUGCCUGGAAGCUGGGUGAAUUUUUGCGUGAGGUAUUGGCGCUGCCGGCGGCCGUUUAUGAGUCGCCCACAUUCCACUAUAAGGACGGGCUGGAGGAGGAGAUAUUUCCGGCCGAGAAUAAGGUCACCGUGAAUGAUUUCAUGGCAACACUUAUGUCCGAACCGGGGCCAUCGUGUCUCGUCUGGCUGCCGUUAUUGCAUCGGCUGGCCACGGUUGAGACAAUUGUGCAUCCGACGAUCUGUUCUGUUUGCCAUAAGGAAAACUUUACCGGAUUUCGUUAUCGUUGUCAGCGGUGUCACGCCUACCAAUUGUGCCAGGAGUGCUUUUGGCAUGGCAAGACAUCGCUGAACCAUCAGAACGAUCACGAGGUCAAGGAAUACUCGAGCUACAAGUCGCCCAGCAAACAGAUUGGUCACUCCUUGCGCAAGAGCUUCCGGUGUGUGCCCGAGAAGACGACGCAAGUGUUGCCACGAUUCCCCGACCAGCCCGAAAAGACACUCAAUUUAUCGCACAUUGUGCCCCCAUCGCCGUUACCCUCGCACAAUGGCUUCUCCGAUCCAACGCUGGGCCACUUGCACGGUCCCGGUCCCGGUUCCGGCUCUGGUCCGGGGCCCGGACAUCCGGGCAUCUUUGAUCGUUCCAGCACGCUGGAUUCGCGCGCCACCGGACGCAGCCUGGACACGACCAUGUCUCGCGUAGCGGCCGCCUCGGCCAACGAUGAGGAGCAUCGCCUGAUUGCACGCUAUGCCGCGCGCCUGGCCCAGGAGAAUCGCGCUCCCUCCAACAUGCCCAAUGCGGAGAGCAUCGCGCCCAUUGGCACGGAUAAUUCGCGUGCGCAGCGCGAGCUCAUCGCCCAGCUGGAGUCGAAGAACAAGGAGAUUAUGCGCGAAAUUGCGCGCCUGCGCCGCCAGCAGGAGACUGAGCAAAUGGCGCCCGAGAAUCCGGCGCUGAUCAAUGAGCUGCGCGCACUGCGGCAGCGCAAGGGCGAGCUGGAGGGGCAUUUGGGCGCGCUGCAGGAUUCGCGGCGGCAGCUCAUGGAACAGCUGGAGGGCCUGAUGCGCAUGCUCAAGAAUCAACAGACUGCCUCGCCGCGCUCCACGCCCAAUUCCAGUCCACGAUCCGGUAAAUCGCCGCCCAUGCCAGGUGGCACGGCAACAACAUCAGCUGGCGUCCUGGGCACCACGCCGAUGAGCGCCCUGCAUGCCCAGCAGUUGCAACAACUGCAACAGCAUCCGAUGCUGCGCUCCACACAGCAACAGCUGUUGCAGCAGCAGCAGCAGCAGCAGCAGGCGGCACAGCAAAGUCAAUGCUCGCCCGGUCUCGGCCACGGACCCUUCAGCCAGAGCCAGCUGGAGCAGCUCAACCAGAUCAGCAGCGACAUGCGCAGCGCCUUUGCCGCCAACGGCAGUGCAACCCCGCCGCCCAUAUUGAAUGCCAAUCCCAAUGCCGACGCGGAGCUGAACGCAACUGCCGACAACAUAACGUCGGCCAUUUCGACAAUGGUCAGCGAUCUGAAUACAGAUUUCGAUGAAACUCAAUCCUAUAAUCCCGAAUGGAAUGAAAAGGCAAAUGCGAAUAGCCAGUGGCAGGAGCAGUUUGCACAAUGGAGUCUCAAUUCACAAAAUAACUAAAACAAAAAAAAAUAUAUAAAUGGAAAAUAAAAAAAAAAAACACGCUGUGGAUCCAACGUUGGAACAUAUAUAUAUAUAAAUAUAUACACUUAGUGCGGAUCGGCGCUUAGCUUUUUAAAAACUUAACACUUAUGUUGAUCUAGAGCAAUUUAUUUAUUGACUACUUUAGUCUGUACUAUCUUAUAAAACUUUAUAAUUUAUUUUGGCGGGCAUACACACAUAUAUAUAUAUAUAUAUAUAUAUUUAUCCAUAAAUAUAUACUUCUAUACGUACGGUACACAUUGAUUUGUGAACAGAAAAUCUAUAUAAAAGAAAAGUGAAAAAUUUUAUAAGACUUGCAUUUGAAGUCGCAAUUCUCUUGAAUCUCUAUCGUUAUGUUUAGCUCGAUAUCUUUUUUGAAUGCGCUUUAUUGCACGUUGGAGUUGUGCAACUAUUUAUUACAUAUUUAACAAGAAUGAAAAUCAAAUACAUAAUACAAAUACUAUAUAGAAAUUUAUGUACUUAGCAACUAGCGACUUGUUGAAAAAAAGAACGUAAAACUAAAAUCAAAUUCUAAAUGCUGAUUCCUUAUACUUCCCCAAAGAGGACAGCAGUACAAUAAAUAUUUAAACAAACA